AACAUGUUGAAGAAUUAAUAGUAUUGAUGUUUUCGAAUUUUUUGGAAAGCUUAUACGAUGGCAUCAGAGACGACGAAGACAACACGAACGACCUGAGAUCUCCGACGGAAAGACACGAUUCCGAGAGAAACGCGUCUACGAUUUCAGCGGAAGAGGAGGAGGCUCAAGCUCGCGGGGUGAAAGAUGACCUCGCGGAACUCAGCCACACCCUCACGCGGAAACUUCGCGGCGUCGCCAACUUCCUCGCUCCCUUACCGGAGAGACCUUCUUCCGAUCUCAGGUUUAGCCAACCGCGUUCUCCAGAUCCCGGAUCGAAUCAAUCGUGCGUCGCAAGUGAUACGCGAGAGACCGAGAUUAGAGCUAGGAGCUGGAAUUACAGUGAUUCAGUCGAGGAAGAAGAGGAAACAGAUGAUGAAGAAGAAGAAGAGAUGGAUGCAGUUGCAGUUACAGAGGAAGUGCUCGCAUUUGCGAGAAACAUAGCAAUGCAUCCUGAAACUUGGUUGGAUUUUCCUCUCGACCCCGAAGAAGACCUUGAUGAUUUGGAGAUGUCUGAUGCUCAAAGAGGUCAUGUUUUAGCUAUAGAGCGUCUUGCUCCGAGGUUAGCUGCGCUGAGAAUAGAGCUCUGUCCAUGCCAUAUGACUGUUGGUUACUUCUGGAAAGUCUACUUCGUUCUUCUCCAUUCACGGCUCAGUAAACACGAUGCUCAGCUUCUGUCUUCCCCACAGGUGAUGGAAGCAAGAGCAUUGUGGAUGAAGGAGCUUCAGAGUGAAAACAAUUCCGCAAAAACAGGUCGUGGAGAUACUCUUGAGGAGGAGAUUAAGCCAUCGACGACUUCGAAUUACUACCACCAUGCUCCUCCUGAGUUUCUUUCUCCUAGAAUAUAUGCCUUCGAACCUCCUUCGAUCAUCUAUCCCGAUUUCCAAAAGAAGACAGAUCGCUGGUCUGAGGAUGUGCAGUUCAUCGAUAAAGCUGUUAUCGAGGAAAGACCAAUCCAAAAAAUCGAAAAAGAUGACGAUGAUGACGAUGAUUGGCCAGAAGAGGAAGAUUGUGGUCAUAAGUGGACUCCCAUGUUCACAGUGAAUGAGGAUGAUGUUUCUUUCAGUGAUCUUGAAGGUGACGACGAUAUAAGUAGCUUAGCACUCAAGUGUAAGAGUACCUCAAAUGGCACAGACCAAAAAGGAACAUGAAACAUUUAUCUCGGGUCAUAAUGAAGCCAGCUUAUUGCUUUUGCCCUGCCUCGAGAUCGAAUCAAUGGAACUGAACAUAAAUAUUUGUGCCGAAUCAAAGCGUGAAGAAGUCUGUGAGUUUUGAUUAUUUGUCAAAGAAAGGAAAAGGUCUUUGGAACAUGUACAGAAGAUUUCUUUGAUUACUUCAAUUGCAUUGUAGUGGUCUCUAUCACAGAUGCAAGGAAAUAUUGAAAGAACAGAAAUGAUUAAACUAAUCGAAAUGUGUUUAGUAUCCGAUGAUACAUAAUUACAUCACAAAGAUAUCAACUGGCCUGUGAAACAUAUUCAACGCCUGUAAUCUACAGAAU